GACUUCCGGAAGUGGCGGCUGCGGGGUGUUGCUGCCGGCUCGGGCUCCCGGCUCGCGAUGGGUUGCGACGGAGGAACAAUCCCCAAGAGACACGAACUGGUCAAGGGGCCGAAGAAGGUUGAGAAGGUUGACAAAGAUGCUGAACUAGUGGCGCAGUGGAACUAUUGUACUCUAAGUCAGGAAAUAUUAAGGCGACCAAUAGUUGCCUGUGAACUUGGCAGACUUUAUAACAAAGAUGCUGUCAUUGAGUUUCUAUUGGACAAAUCUUCUGAAAAGGCUCUUGGGAAGGCCGCAUCCCACAUUAAAAGCAUUAAGAAUGUGACAGAACUAAGACUUUCUGAUAAUCCUGCCUGGGAAGGGGACAGAGGAAACACAAAAGGUGACAAACAUGAUGACCUCCAGCGGGCACGUUUCAUCUGCCCCGUCGUGGGCUUAGAGAUGAAUGGCCGGCACAGGUUUUGCUUCCUGCGGUGCUGUGGUUGUGUGUUUUCUGAGCGAGCCUUGAAAGAGAUAAAAGCAGAAGUUUGUCACACAUGUGGGGCUGCCUUCCAGGACGACGACGUCAUCGUGCUCAAUGGCACCAAGGAGGAUGUGGAAACGCUGAAGAAGAGGAUGGAGGAGAGGAGGCUGAGGGCAAAGGUCGGGAAGAAAGGAAAGAAACCCAAGGCGGCAGAGUCUGUCUCAAAGCCAGGAGUCAGUGAAGAAUCCCCAGGACCAUCAAAAAUUAAGGCAGUGAAGCCUGAAGAAAACAACCUGGAUUCUAGGGAAAAGAAAGCCAACUCAGCUCCCAAAAGUGCAGCAGCAAACGGGAGCUCUUCUGGAAAAAUUGGGAAGCCUCUGGGUGGAGCUGCAAAGAGAUCCAUUGCCGAUAGCGAAGAAUCUGAAGCUUACAAGUCCCUUUUCACGACUCACAGCUCCGCCAAGCGCUCCAAGGAGGAGUCGGCCCACUGGGUCACCCACACGUCCUACUGCUUCUGAGGCCCAUGCUGCACUCCACGCCAUGCGGGCUCCGUUCCGUUUCCACGGGGGCAGGUGGCGUAGGUGUCACUGUCCCCUGUACUCUGCUCGCUCUCUGUUUGUGCGGGGCAAUAAAGUCCUCCUCCCAAACCUC